GACAGAAAAGUCCUUCAGUCUCACAUCCUAAUAUUGUGCUGGCACCCUUCGCCAUCCUGUUCUUUUUCAGUCUUUUGUGACUAUCACGUUCGUUAUUUCUGCUUUGAUCUGCUCUUUUCGUCAAAGAACCAGCUACCACACUUCCUACAAAAUCAAUCUCCAAGCCUCAUCAAAAGACUUGUUCCGGACCAAAAUGCGUUUCUUCAGCGUUCUUGCCUCUUUCGGCCUCGUUGCCAUGGUCGCCGCGCAAAAUGCCACCAAUGCUACCAAUGUGACCACCACCACCGGGACGAGCCUCACCAGCGCCGCAUCUUCAACAGCAUCUCUGAGCGCUCAAGUGAGAUGCCUGCAAAAAUGUGGCUCUGCCGACGUCUGCUGCCAGGCGAAAUGUGUCAACGUACCUUGCCCUAGCCAAAACCAGGCCAACGCGACAACCGAAUGCGAAGCCAAAUGCCCACAAGGAAACGGGACCGCUUCCGAGACAGAUGCCUACGCCCAGUGCCAGGCCUCAUGUGUCAAUUCAUACUUCCUCUCGUCUACCGCUGCACCAACGGCCUCCAGCUCGGGUAGCAGUGGCGCCUCGGCCACCUUUGGAGGAAGUUCUGCCAGCGCUACGGGCUCAGGAUCCAGUGGUAGCUCAGCGUCAAACACAGCAUCCUCGGCAUCGGCGAGCUCGACUUCGGGUAACGGCGCCAACGAUCUUCGAGUCGGCACCAUCGGUCUUGGGUUCUUGGGGUUGGUGAUGGCUGGCCUUGCAUUGUAAACCAUCAAUGACAGCCACGAACAUGAUACCCAGCUCGCAUCAAUGAUUUUUGCUUCUUCGUUACGGCCUUUGCCAAUUGCGUUUUCAUUUCUUGAGCCGGUCUUCAAACGGCUUUGCCACAAUGUUGCAUGCCAG